CUCUCGAUUGUUAAUCUUCUUUAUGAAGUUCGGUCUUACAGUCUCGGAGUUAUCAGGUGAGGGUUGAUCAUGGAUGUGACAGAGCUUGAGGAGAAUCUCUUCGCUGCUAGCGAUGCCAAGUUACAUGGAGAUAUGUGUAAGGAACUAUCUGGAGUUCUAUGCAAGGUACUCUCAAUCUUCCCUUCCUUAGAAGGAGCAAGGCCUAGGAGUAAAUCAGGGAUUCAAGCCUUAUGCUCUUUACAUAUUGCACUUGAGAAGGCAAAGAAUAUUCUUCAGCACUGUUCUGAGUCUAGUAAGCUUUACUUGGCCAUUACAGGAGAUGCUGUCCUUUUAAAAUUUGAGAAAGCCAAAGUUGCUCUAAUUAACAGUCUCAAACGUGUUGAAGACAUUGUUCCUAGCUCUAUUGGGUCUCAGAUUUUGGAAAUUGUUGGUGAGCUAGAGAACACUAGAUUCUUGCUUGAUCCAUCAGAGAAAGAAGUUGGUGAUCAGAUCAUUGCACUGCUCCAACAAGGGAAAAAAUCAGACAACUGUAAUGACAACACAGAGCUUGAGAUUUUCCACAAGGCAGCUACAAGACUCAGCAUCACUUCCUCUAGAGUGGCUCUAGCGGAAAGACGGGCUCUAAAGAAACUCAUAGACAGGGCACGCGCAGAGGAAGACAAGCGCAAGGAAUCAAUAGUAGCUUAUCUUUUGCAUCUUAUGAGAAAAUGCUCAAAGCUAUUCAGAAGUGAGAUCAUGGAUGAGAGUGACUCUCAGGGCUCAGCACCAUGUUCUCCCACUGUUUGUAAUGAAGAGAAUGGGAGUGUUCAUGGGUUUGGUCGUCAGCUGUCUAGGUUUGGUUCUAUGAACUUCAAGCCGCCCAUCAACAGUCCGAGAUCAGGACAGAUGCCUGUUCCACCUGAGGAACUGAGAUGUCCUAUAUCAUUGCAGCUUAUGUGUGAUCCUGUCAUUAUUGCUUCAGGGCAGACUUAUGAAAGGGUUUGUAUUGAGAAAUGGUUUAGUGAUGGGCACAACACUUGUCCAAAGACUCAACAGCAGCUCCCACAUCUCUCGUUAACUCCCAAUAACUGUGUUAAAGGCCUUAUUGCGAGCUGGUGUGAACAGAAUGGAACUCAAAUCCCGAGCGGACCGCCGGAAUCUCUAGACCUUGAUUACUGGAAACAAGCUCUCUCUGACUCCGAGUCCACCAACUCAAAGUCAGUAAACAGUAUAGGCUCUUGUAACACGAAGAGCAUACAAAUUGUACCUUUAGAGGAGAAUGGUGCUAGAGAAGAAAGUUUAGUGUCUGAUGAUGAUGAUGAUAAGGAGGAUUCUGAUAUAAAUGUACUUGAGAGGUAUCAAGAUUUAUUAGCUAUCUUAAACGGAGAGGAGGAAAUGGAUAAAAAAGGAAAGGUUGUAGAAAAGAUCAGGCUAUUACUGAAGGAUGAUGAAGAGGCCAGGAUUUUCAUGGGAGCAAAUGGGUUUGUUGAAGCUCUGUUGCGGUUCUUAGGAUCAGCUGUAGAUGAGAAAAAUGUGUCAGCGCAGGAAAGAGGAGCUAUGGCUUUGUUCAACUUAGCCGUCAACAACAACAGGAACAAAGAGAUGAUGCUAACUUCUAGUGUAAUUCCACUGCUUGAGAAAAUGAUCUCUUCUUCUCAGUCUCAAGGUUCAGCAACCGCGCUUUAUCUGAAUCUUUCUUGUCUUGAAGAAGCCAAACCAGUGAUAGGUUCAAGCCAAGCAGUGCCUUUCCUUGUCCAUAUUCUUCAAGGGGAAGCUGAUAACCAGUGCAAGCUCGAUGCUCUCCACACGAUCCUCAACCUGUCCACAUAUCCUCCCAACAUCUUUGCUCUCCUCUCAUCUAACAUCAUCAAGACCCUCCAAGGCCUUCUCUCAUCAGCAGGUGAACAUUUGUGGAUAGAGAAGUCAUUAGCCAUAUUACUAAACUUAGCUUCAAGCCAACAAGGCAAAGACGAGGCAGUGUCAUCACAAGGCAUGAUCAGCAGUCUAGCAACAGUGCUAGACAUGGGUGACACGUUAGAGCAAGAGCAAGCUGUUUCAUGUCUUUUGAUACUAUGCAACGGAAGACAGUCUUGUAUUCAAAUGGUGUUGCAAGAAGGUGUGAUACCAUCACUAGUGUCAAUCUCAGUGAACGGGACUCCACGAGGUAGAGAGAAGUCUCAGAAGCUUCUGAUGCUGUUUAGGGAACAGAGGCAGCAACGAGACCAGCCAUCACCGAAGAGAGAUGAGGAGGUGCCGCAGAAGGAAGCUCCUAAGAAAUCUUUGUCAGCACCAAUGUAUGUCCAUGAAUCAGCUCAACCUUCAGGUCCAGGUCCGGAAUUUGAACCAAGAGUUUUGUCGAAAUCGAUGUCGAGGAGAAAGUCGUUGGCAAGGCCGUUUAGUUUCUUCUGGAAGAAAAGCUACUCCACUCGCCAGUGAGUGAGUGAAUGAGUGAAUGAUAUGGACAACUUUUGUAUGUAAAGCUUUGUUUGUUUUUCUUACAAGUUACAAAAAACGUCAUCACAUAGAGAAGAAGAUAUGUACAGGCCACAUUGUGAUUACACUCGAUUUUGCUGCUCUUUUGGUUAGCCAAAAAUGUAUAUGAAAGUUAAUAUAAUAAAACAAAA